CGCGGCCGGAAGUUGCCGUUGGGAAGGCGCUCCGCGCCGGCCGCGUCCCUGCUGGCGGCACCUGGAAACGGCGCGGCGCUUCCCGGCGCUUCCCGGCUGCCCGGAGCGGCCUCGGGGUGCUGCUGCUGGAGCUCUGUUCUGACCUUGUUCCCUCAGCCCUUCCUGCCAGAUUUUAAUGUUUUUAUGAUACGGGAGAAUCAUCUUGGAAGCUUGCUAAGUAAAUGUAUAUAUAGUCAACGAUUCAUUCUCCAGAGUUUAUAGUUUAUGCAGCUUAAAAAGCUGCCUGUUGGCCAUCAUGAGUUCAUCCUCUCCAGUCAGCUGCACCGUUACAGAAGCUAGAAGCUUACAUAAUGAGGAAUGCGAGUUACUACAGAAGAGCAAUGAAUUGGAAUUGGAUGCUGUUUUAUGUCUGAGAUGGAAACUUCUUCAAGCUAAAAAAGAAAAUUUAGACUUAACUAUUCAACAUAAUCAAGAAGUGUCCAACUAUGAAAAACAGAUAAUCAAAUUACGGUCAGAAAUUGAGAGAGGAGAGGCUGUUCGACAAGGUCUGGAGUAUGAGUUGGCAGUUGCCAGAAAAGGUGCCCAUCUGAAAAUGUGUACUGCAGAAGAAGAAUUAAGUGAUGCAAGGAACAAACUUGUGGAACUGCAAGUAUUCAAUGAAAACCUUCAACAGAAAGUGGCAGAGACUGAGAAAACAUUUCAUAAUGCUCAACAGAAGUGGGAAGAAGAACAGCAAAGACUGGCAAGGGCGAAGGAUGAUAUCAGCAGAAUUUAUAACGAUGAAUAUAUAUUCCUUCUUAAGGAAAGAAAUGAAGUAGAAACGAUUUUACUGGAGCUGAAUAAUGAACUGCAAAAUACACGCAAGAAAUUGAGAGAUGUGGAGGUGGAACACGGUGGCUGUAAUGAGAUGCUGAGAUCUCAGGCCAAUGAACUUAAAUGCAGCACUGAACGAGAGAAGAAACUUAAAAAGGAACUUGAAGCAGCUGCAGCGAGAACAAAGAAACUGGAAGAUAACAUUGAAGCAGAGAGAGCAGCACAUGUAGCAUCCAAUUUAACUUCGGAGAUCAUCCAGUUAAGAAUUCGUGAACUUGAAGAAGCUGUGCAUGUGGAAAAGGACAGACGAGAAGAAGCUCUUUCAGAUCUAGAAAUGAUCAAGAAAGAGUUCAAAGGGUUAGAAGAUGCAUAUGAGAGAGAAAAACACAAUGCCCAAGAGAACUUGGAAAAACUCAAUGUAUUAGAAAGAGAGUGUUUCUCCUCAAACAAUCAAAUGAAAGAAGUGAUUGAGGAAAAGAAGAAGGUAAUUAUAGACCUCUCUGCAAGACUAGGGAGUGCUGAAAAAGGCUGCAGAGACUUACAGAGUGAACUUGAAAUGGCCAAGAAACACCAGGUCUUUCUAACAGAGACGUAUGAAAACAACAUGAGAGAGCUGGAGUUACUCUUGGACAGCUUUGCUAUGUCAGGCCAGCGGACAGCAGGCACUUGUGAGGACAAAGAUAAACCUCUGAGCUGCUCUGUCAUUGAGACUUUGAGGUGUACCUUGACAGCUUACCAGAACAAGCUGGAAGAUACGUCUAAUGAGCUUGAGAAAACAAAGGCUUUGUGUAAAAAGAUGACAAAAGAACUUAAUGUAUCUGAGGAGAAAAUGCGUGCUUUAAGACAAGACCUUAAGGAAGCUCAGGAUAUCAUGGCUGAUGCCAAUAAAGAGUUAAACCAUCUGCGUGCUAAGUGUGCAGACAGAGAGACUUUAAUAGAAACUUUAAAAAUGCAACUACAGGAUGUACAGCAAUGCUGGGAGAAAGAGCAAGUACGUGCCACAGAAUCUGAAAAUGAAAUCCAGAAGCUUACCAGGGCUUACCAGAAGGAUAUGGAGGAGAAACUAACCUUCCUUCAUAGCUUAUACCAGCAUUUGAUAGCAGGCUGUGUGCUUAUAAAACAACAAGAAGGCAUGCUAGAUAGAUUCUCUUGGCCUGAGCUUUGUGUAGUCUUGCAGGAGAAUGUUGAUGCCCUGAUCUCAGACCUCAACAGGGCUAAUGAGAAGAUAUCUCACCUGGAAUAUGUUUGUAGAAACAAGUCCAAUACUAUGAAGGAGCUUCAGCAGAGCCAGGAAGAUGCUUUUAACAAAAUGGCUGAACAGAUGAAAGCAGAGGCAUGCUGUUGGCAGAAUGAAAAAAAGUAUCUGGAACAGCAGUACUCAGGUCUCCUUGGGGAAGUUCAUGCAAGGGCACAGGAAUACCAAAAAGCAGCAGAGAAAAAUAAGAAAAAAAUUUAUAUCCUUGAAAAAAGUCAAGAGAAAUUGGCUCUUGAAAGCAUUUCUGUGAAAAAGAUGUUAACACAGUUUCAGAAGGAGCAUUCCUCUCUCCUGGCAGCCUGUGCACUAUUGGCAGGUGCCCUGUAUCCUCUAUAUGGCCGACUGUGUGCUAUGUGUUUCCAAAGAGACCUUUUCCAGCAUCAGGUGAACAUUUAUGAGUUAGUGAACCAGAAGAUUAGGACUCUUGUUCAUGCUCUCUCUGAUGAUAAGGAAAACAAUCAAGAUGAAGCAAAACUUAAGAAAAGAAAAUCCCAAGGCCUGAUUUAUGUAUUCCGAAGAGCUGUGAUUGCAGUUUUGGCAGCCAACAGACUUAAAGUUUUAGCACAGUCUUCUAGUUCUCUCUUCACCUGGACAAAUGGCAUAAAGGAAGGCAUUGGAAUUCCAGUCUGUGUAGGAGAAUCCAAAGGCAAACAUAAUCUGUCAAGUUGUGAAGAGGAAGAGCUCUACUGUGUGGAAGCACUCAAUUGGUUUGCUAGUUCCAACCUCCUUGCUGCAAUAAUCAGUUCAGUCACUGAAUUGCAGGAUGUUGUUAACAAAACAGGUACAAAGUCCUGGCUUUCUGGAAAGUUACUUUUAAGUGCAGCCAGGAAUUCAUUUUCGAAACUUAUGGACAAGCUAAAUGUUGUAAUGGAGAUGGUUCCAUUAGACCACAGCAAGUACAUUGCCUACCUGGAGGAAGACUCCUUGGUACAGAGCCUGGCUCGUGGACUUAAUAAAAUAAAUACCCAGGCCCUGGAAGCUGGAUUGUGUGACAGAGUAUCCAGUCUGAAGAACAUAGAAUCCUUGCAGAAGCAAAUAUUUGAAUUUACACAAAGACUUCAUACAGCAGAAGUGGAACGCCGCUCACUGCGCCUACAACUUGCAGAAUUCAAAUCGAAUUUCAGUGAGAUGAAAAAAGAAGCAGACAAAGCCCAGAGCCUUCAAGAGCAAUUAAAUAUGCAUAAGCAAAAAUUAACCACCCUUGAGAGAUUUGAAGGUGUAUGUCAAGAAUUAAAUAAUGCAUUACAUCGGGAGCAUCAGGCACAAUUGCUUUUGAAUGAACAAGCACAACAACUACAGGAGUUAAAUAAUAAACUAGAAUUGCAAUCCAGUGAAGAAGCAGAUAAAACCCAAGUCUUAAGUGAAUCUGUAAAGGUACGUCAUGCAGGAUGUGGCUGGCCUGAUAUUCAAAUAAAAUAUUCAUGCACUAAAUAACAUUUGGGGCUCUGUGAAAACACACAUACCUUGCAUGUAUGGUUUGGUCAGAACUCUUCUGAAGGGGAAUGCAGUAUCUGAAUAUAAACUCUAUAAAGUGAUAAAUCUUGUGAAGCCCAUAUUAAUGUUAGUGUCAUGCUAAAAAAAAAAAGAGAUUUGUCUAAUUAAGUAAUUAAAGAAAAUCAAAAACUCUUUAUGAAGAAAGAUGAAACCUUUGUGUGGCACUAAUUGACAUUCUUGGCAUUGCCCUAACUCCUCAAUGUGACGGCUCAUAUUAAUGCACUUUUAUCUGGUGGAAUUGUGCAGCAGCCUCUUCCAAUAAAGGGCUGCAGAACAACCUGCAGCAGUAAAAAAACUUAGCUGGUGUCACCAAUGUAUUGAGGUUAUGGACAGUAUAUUUUGAAGUUCUAUUUAGAAAUUUCAUUGAAACUGUUCUGAAGACUCCUAGUACUCCCAUUUUUUGAACAGGUGUCUGGAGAGAAGACAGAGACAGGGUACCAUAAUAUUUGUUUCUCAAAUUUAGUUCUGAAGCAGAAUGCUGACUGAGAUGACUUUUGUCUGUGGUAAGAUGCCCCUUAACUUCAGAUUGUAUUCCUUGUUAAAUAAACAAUGGAAAUUAAAUUGUGGUUAUUUACUUUGUAAAUAAAUUGUUGUCAUUGUUAAUAUUUUAUUGUUGUUAUUUCUUCUAUUUCCCGAAUUGUUUUAACUGACUGUUACCAUUCAGAAAUAUUUUGAGCAAAUUUCUGAUACAAAUCUAAUGGUAGAGUAUUUCUUGAGAACUUAAAAUAGUCUGUUCCAGGGCUUAGAAAUAUCACUGGUAUUGCAAGAUCAUUGAGGCCAGUAGGACAUGAUCAGAGAGAGAUGGUUUGAGGCUACAAUGAAGUGCAAGAAAUUGCUGCAGUAUGUUGUGUCCUCAUAGAUACUGAACUAAAUAUUUUUAUGAAUGUAUAUAUGAUAGAUUAUCACUUUUAAAAUGAAGAUGAAGUCUAAGUGGUAGUUGUGUUUUUGUCUUGCAUAGUGCGUGCUAAUGUGCACAAGUAGAUAAUGUGUAGCAAAAUUAACAGCAUUGAAGAAAACAGUGCUACAGAACAGCAUCAGAUUUCACUUGGAAUAUUAGUGCCUCAUUUACAGGUACAUGACAAUUAUGAAAAGUCAUAUUUUGUAAUGGAAUCCAAGUAUAAACCAUCUUUUUGAAAUCUUGGAACUGUACCAGCUAUAAGGCUGAGAGUCUCCUAGGGUAAAAAGUGUAACAGUGAAAACCCCCAAGAUUACUCCUUUUUUGGUGUCUCUUAAGUAUCUGAUUUAAAGGCAUGACACUGCCAAAACACAGAAAAUCUACUACAUAUGCAGGGCUGUGUCUUUUCUACUCUGUGACUGCAAAGGGCUAAAUGUUGUGGUGGGAAAGAAAUUUACAUUUCUAAGGAGAAAAAAGAAGCAUCAGUCCUGAGGUAGUGUGUCAGAAAUUGAAUAAGGAGUGAAUGAUCAUGUACUCAUUCCACCAUGCAUGUGAUUCCAAAAAUUCUCACUUCAAGGAUUAUUCUUAAAACUCAUUGUGAUAAAGCCUGAGGUUUUAUAAAAUUGUAUUUGUUCUAUUUAGUGGUAUAAUCCCUCUCUGCAGUAAUACCAACAUAAUUCACUUAGUUUAAAACAUGAUUAAAAUUUCUAAAUUAUAAUGUGCAUAUAUUUUAUAAUGUACUUUAUCACUUUCCGAAACACAGUUUAAAAGUAGGCCUCAAUUAUUCUCUGUUUGGAUUAGUGUAUAUCUGAAAGACCCGGUGCAUCUUCUUAUUCAAAAGGGUCUCCCUCAACAGUCCAUGAGGAUCUAGGCUAUGUGUGGGCAGUUUAUAUUUUGUAAUCACUUUAAAAGUUUUGUUUAGUUUUACUUUGAAGCUGAAUGAGCAUAUCAUCUGUCCUCUGGAAGAGAUUUUGUGUGAAAUUAAUCAGAAGAAGCUACUGUGUUUAAAUUACUGUGUUUAAAGCCUUUUAAUUCACAAUAACUUUAAAACAUAACUCAGUGACUUCACAAAGCAUAUUCAGUCAUAUUUUGGUAAACAUCUUGAGCUACUGCAGUUGAAAAAUAGAUUCCUUUCUUAUUGAUCAGAAUCGAUUUUCUAUUGAGAAAGGUUUGCACUAUAGCAAAGAGAUAUUAAAGGUAGCCGUAAAUCUUUGAGGCACUGUAAUCCAGCCUGAAUCACUGCAGGUGAGAUGUUUGAGGUACCUAAGCUUACUUGGAUGUCUAAGGGCUAUGUUUCUGUCAAUAAAUGAACUGUUUCACAUACGUAGAUAAUGAAUAUCAUUUGUUUUCAUGACAUGAGUGCCUCAAAUUUCAAGUGACUUUUGUAAGAAAAAUCUCAUGCAAAAUGUAAAUGUGUGCAUUUUCCCUACCCCAUCUAUUGAAUGACUCUUAAAUAAAAUUUCAUUUAAAUGUUUCUUAAUAUGCAAGCUCUAGAUCUUGUACUGUAGCCAUGUAUCACAACUGUUUUUAGAGCUACAUGUACUGUCAUUUAACUCAUAAUAAUCUUUAGAUGUUUACUUGACAUUUUUGGUAUUGAUUUGAAUAAAUCAUAGUUUGCACUCCAGUAUUAUGAGGGUUUUCCAUAUAAAACAAUCAUAAGCAAUUGUAUUUGACAUUGUGUUAGGAAUGUGGAAAUACGCCUACAAGUAUCUUAUCAUUCACCAGUAUUUUCUUGGUUUUUUAUUAAAAUGAUUGUGCUGGUUGAUAUUUGUUUUGCUUAGUAGACCCACUCAUGCUCUGUGACCUCAUUACACAAGGCUGUAACAAAGACAUGAAGAGCAUUUUGCAACUUGUUAGAUACACUGAGAUCUAUAAACUAUUCUUAACUGCUUCCAUGCUAUAUCAUAUACUUCAGAGAAAAAGUCAUAAGGUAUGUUCUUUCUCUCAAUGCCAGCAUAUUAAAAGAUUGCUGCUGUCAGGAUGAAGGUCCCAUAGCAAAGAGGUUGAAAAAAAUCAGGUUUUUUUCUGCAAUGCAGAUAUAUCUCAUUCAAGUGUCCUUUUGAGCACUCAUAUAUUUUUUUCCUAGCAAAAUUUAAAGGGCCUAGGAAAGAAUUUGUUUUUGAAGGGAUGUCAUGGGUGGUCAGCCUCAGUUCUCCUUUGCGAGAGCAGAUCAGCCACAUGGAGUUCAUUUUAAACUGUUUCAAGACACUACUGCAGACAUUGUGAAACACACAGUGAAUCCAGAAAUAGUGUCUUGAUAGUUUCUACUUGAGAAGUGUCAGUCCGUCUUAUUUCUUGACAUAGGUCUCAAUGUACUUCUUAGAUGUGUUUGAUUUUUUUUUAAGUAUUGAUGAGAAGCCUCAUUUUUUUUUUCACAGAACCCUUUUUCCCUAAGAUUUUUAAUCUGCUGUCCUGAUAGAAGAAGUAUAAUUUUUAUUUCUUUUUGUUAAAUAAAGAUUCUUUUAAAAAAACAUCCUGUGGAAUUUCAGCUGUACCGUUUGAGCUGAUGUACUUGGUUUGCAUUACAGUGGUGCACACUAAAAAUAUGGUAAACAUUAAAUAUUAAUGUAGCUUGUUGUACCUGUUGGAUUUGAACCAAUUGAAACUGCAGAUUUCUCUGCUACUUGUAGACUUCUGAUGGAGCACUCAGAGAUCAUGUUUGCCAACAAGGAUAAUGGGAUAUGUGUUUAAACUGGGGAAGGAAUGGAUGCUGGCUUACAUUUCUAUACUCUUUUGCAUUGUGAAAUCUUAUUAGUUGUGGGUGUAGGACAGUUUUCAGAAUGUAUUUUUAAAAUGCAAUAUUUGGCAUCUAAAUAGAGACUAUACAUAUAAAACUUCAUCUGAAAGAGAAAAUCUUCAAUUUCACAAAUUAGUUCAUUAUACACAUACAGCAGUGUAUUUGCAUAUUUUGUACUGCUGUGUUGUGUCUAUGCAAUUUAAAUCUAAUUUACUAAGCAGUUUGAUCUAGCUUUAGUUGAUCUUGGAAAAUACAGUCUCAGUAUAAAUGUGUCACAUAUGCUUUGCAUGAAUUUAAACUGUGACUGUCGUUGUUCAUCAAAAAUGAUUGUCCAUCUGUUAUCUUUUGAAUAGCAUCCUCUUUAUGUGUAAAGAAUGAAAAUAUUAAACUUGGAUUUCUUUUUGUAAUAGUUUUGAAUAAAAACUCUUUUUAUAAUAGGGUUUUGAAUAAAAAGAUUCCUCACUGCAAAAGCCUGUGGAAGGACCAAACCAACAGACAGCCAAUGAGAUUUUUCCUCUGUGCUAUCAGUUGCUUGCUGUUCUCUCCAACAAAUGUUUUUUCAUGCUUAAUUUGUGAGGGGAAAAAAGGUCUAAAUCUAAAUGCCUCUCAAGGAAACUCCUUCUGAAGAUUCUGAUGAAAACAACUGAUGAAAUCAUGAAAAUGAAAAUCAUGAAAACAUGAGACUUUGGACUGGAGAGGAAGGAGCGUAGUGAUGUCUGAAUUAGCACCCAAAUGCCUAAAAAUCUGAGAAAGAUAGAUAACUGGCAUUUUAUAGAAUGUUAAUAAAGUGGAGUUUAGCUUCUAAGUUGUUUCAGAAUCACUUGUAUUUGAAAGUGAAAGCUCAGCAUCUUCACAGAACUAUGUGCAAACAUACUAGGUUUUUAAAACCUUCAUUCUUCUUAUCAUAGUUAGCCUCAACUUUCUAACGGUUGUAAUUGUCCACAGAAAACAUUUCAAGAUAAAUGCAUUAUCAGGUUUUGAAAUUUUCUUAUUUUUGUAAAUACUAAGACCUGGGGGGCAAAAUAAGGGCUAUAUUGUGGAUUAAGUGAAAUAUCUCAAGGCUGUGCUUUUCUGAUAACUGAACCUGAAGUGACCUUUCUCAGACACAAUUACAGAGCUGUAUGUUUUUCCUUUAAUUUCAUCAGGGGUUUAAUUAGUAUACAAAUAAAACUUCCCUUAUCUUCCUUUCUACCUAA